CUUGCACGCACGCAUAGAGGGGUUGAGUGGUUGAGUUGGCGCUGGCGAUUGGCGACUGGCGGCUAGCGAAAAUCAAAAACGGCUUGUAAGGGAAAACAUUUCCAGAAAGAGGAUGCGCUGCGCUAUGUCGGCCAAGUUUUUGUUGUGAAUGUUGGCGGUGGUGUUGGUGUUAGUGUUAGUUGCUCGUUCGUCAGUGAAUAUAAUGAAAAGAAAGUUGACAAAAUGCGUGCAAAGCAAAACGUUGAGUAGUGAAAAAGUUUAGAAAAUGUGUAAAAAAGCGAUGAAUAAACAAAAUUCUUGGAUGAGAUAUGUGAAAAGAACUUAAUGGAUUGCAAAGGAGGUGCGUGCAAAAUGAAGUGAAAAAAAAAUUAUAAAAAAUACCAAACUUUGGUUUGGGGUAAAAGGUCCAGCGCAAGUGCGGGUGUGCCACAGGCAGCCUGGGUGCAUGGAGGGUCACCAAAGUGGCGCUGCGAUGCUUAUUAAGCGUGGAAAUUUAGGAAUGUGCAGAAAGUGUGCGAGUUAAGGUUAGCAACGAUCGCAAUUGUGUGUGAAAUAUAAACAAAUGCAGUUGGAAUUAAGAAAUUUUCCAAAAACUGUAAUUUUUUUUCUGCAAUUUUCUUACUUCACGAAACUGUCAAAACUGCAACGAGUGACAUUUUGUUUUCACGCACGGCUCUAGUGCGCCCAUUCUCGCCUAACGGUUUUUAGCGCGCGUAUCUACAGCUGUUGUGCUCCUCUUACACGCUAAAGUAAGUGCAGUUCUGUGUAUAUUUUUUAAAGCUGUAAAAAGCUGUCAAAAAUUGGCAACUCUGCGCGAGUACGAGCAACGAGUAAUUGAAAUGAAAAAAUCGAAUCAAUAAGGAGUAAAAAAAGAAGACGUUUUUUUAGGCGAGUAGUUGAAGCAGCAAGUGCGCUCCAAAUAAUCAGCGCCGCCACGCGCACGCGCACGCUCUCGCUCUUACACGUUCAGUGUUUGCGCCCCUAGUGAUGGCAUGUACCGUUAUAACUUCAAUUGAGUAACGGCAGCAUUGGUGACCGACGCUCUCAUGCGGUGCUCUCGCACUCACUCUCGCUCAACGUUUAAGCGAUGCCUAGUUAAAUUUGAACGGUGUAUUAACAGACUACUCGAUACGGCACAGCGCGACACAGUGACUGGCAUUCGUAUUCGUUGCUGGGACGCUGCGGUAUUCUGUACGCAACGACGGACAUUAGAAAACGCUCGAGUGUCGAUUUAGGUGGCGCGUAUAUAAUUUUGAAUUUAUUUGUGUGGAAUCUUAGUAGCAUUAAUGCAUUCAAAAAUGGCACAAAAAGUGAAGUGGAAGCAAAAAAUUUGCUGAAAAAUUAAUUCAGUAACGAAUUUGUAGAGAAUUGAGUGAUUUGAAGAGGUGGAAAUGAAUGAAAUCAGUAGGCUGAUAGCUCGAAGUUGCAAGUGAAGGCUUGAACUGUUAUAAAAUCGGAAUACUACUUAAUAUAUGAUUAAAAUAACGGUUAACUAUAAUUGUGUUUAAAAAAAGGUUUAAGCGUUGCCGAGCGUUUGUAUGAACUCAAGCCGUGUGCAGUGCGUUUGGCAGUAAAAAAUAAGUUUGAAGAGUAACGCUCUAGUGAAGGUGAACCAAUUCGGUAAUAAUUAGAUCCAUAAAAAUUAUUUUGAAAUUGUAAAUCGUGAAUAAAACUUUUGAAGUCUAGAAACGUGUAAAGAAUUAAGAAAUUUUUCGAAAGAAAUUAAAACUACUUAUCUAUUAGCUCUAGAAGCUCUAGCGCCUAAAAGUCUGCUAUACACAGCGCGCUAAAAGCAAUCACCUUCCGCAGCAGGAUACAACCAAAGGAAAAGGUAUAAUGAUGACCGGUGGCGUAUGAGUGACAUAGAAAAGUUCCAUGCAGAUUCUGCGAAAAAUAUUAGCAAAGUUCAUAAAAGCAAAGGCCAUAUAUACCAUUAGCCAACUCUCAGCCGCUCUUCCCGCACUCUCGUACUUUUCAAAAGCGUUGACUGAUUAAAAUUGAUGAAAAUUUCCGACUGUGCUGGAGUCGCACUGCUAUAUUGCCUCGAGCAUCUGCAAGUGUCAUUGCAAUUAAAAGCGCUUAAUUGCGCUACAAUGAGGAGGAAAACAACUACAAUAAAAACAACAGCGGCAAUUGUUGGAAAAUAAACCACAACAACAACAAGAAGAGAAUAAGAAAAUAAAAUAACAGCAAAUGCAAUUGGAAAUUAGGAAUAAAGUGAAGGGCAGAGCAAAAAGCAAACGAAUAGUGCCGGAAAAGUAGUGCGGAGAGGAGAGUAGUAGGCGUGUAAAAGCGCCAGCUAAAUUGGACAGUUGAACGGUAAAGAAAAAAAACGGCGCAGCAGACGUGUAGACACCGCCAUGUUGCUGCCCACAUCGUGCGGACCAGGGCCACCGCUCCCGCCGCCACCUCCACCGCCGCCGCCGCCACCAGCAUCAUCAGCAAUGCUGGACGCCCAUGCCAGCAAACGCCAUGAGUCACAAAAACGGGUGGAAAAACGUGAAAAUUGUGAAAAUGAUGAAAAUGUGACACAAAAACAGCUAAAGUCAAUAGUAGGUGAGGGCGAAAUAGAAAUGAAGGGAAUGAAACUAAAAACUGCAGCAGCUAGAGUAGAAACAGAGCAAGAGCUAUUGGCCGGCAAUGUUUUGGUUGAGAAAACAACAUUCAAGUCAGUGGGUAUAGGCGAGCGCAACGUUGCUGUUGCUGAUGCUGAUGCUGAUGAUGAUUUUAGCAUAACAACAACAACAGGAAAUGCUCCAGCAGCAUCAACAACAACAAUCGACAAUUGUGCUGCAUUUAUUGAGAAAAGCGUUGUUGACAAAAGCAAAAACAGUUGGUCAAUUUUAAAAUUACCAAUGAUGCUCGCAGCAGCACUGACUACAGCAACAAAAACUCUAACAAUGCCAGUGGCGAAAGAAGCAACAGCAACAAGAAAAAUUGACUUAAAAACAAAAACAGCUACUGACAAAAUAAUAAUAACAGCAGACAAGAAGCGGGCAACAGUUGGCAUUACAACAACUGCUACAAAAACAUCGGCUACAAGCUCACAUCGGCUUACGAGUCAUGUAAAUUCGGCCAGUUCAAAAGGUGCUGCAAAAUUAACAACGCCAGCAGCAGCAACAACAACAACACCAACUACUAAAUGGCUGCUAAUGUGGCUAAUGGUUUUUACUGUAAUGGCCCAAGCGCCUCUACAUCAAGUGGCUGCCGAGAAGAGCAAACACUAUUACAUGCAAGCUCUGUGCAAGAAUCACUUCCUACAGCAGCUUUAUCGUAAAAUCGAUGGCGCUGUACUUUGGUCGCAAAAUGAACGCAAUCUGGACUGCAUCAUCACAUUUCAAACGCAUUCGAUAUUGCAACGUUUCAUGUUGCGCUUCGAUAUGUUGCAACUGGACUGCAAUGAUCAUCUGUACGUGUAUGAUGGAGCGCAUGCGGUGGCCACACCGAAGGUUGAUAUUUCCUGCCGCAAUACUAAACAAACAGUUAGCUCUAUAUUGACACGCACAAACUUUGUCACACUGAAAUAUGUAACCGAUAAUUGGGGUACAGAUGCGAAUGGUUUCAAGCUGGUUAUAACAUCGGUCAAGGAUCCAAAGCACACCUGCAAUGAUUUCACCUGUGCAGCGCGUGAAUUUUGCAUAAGUCCGGAUUUACUCUGCGAUGGCAUUAAUCAUUGCGGUGACAAUUCUGAUGAAUCGGUGUGCCAAAGCGAAACAGCUGCCACAGUUUUCGGGGUAGAUAUGACUUGGUUUGUGUUGAUCGUAGUCGGUAUCGUACUGGUUUUGAGCGCCGUAAUCGUAGGUAUUUCGAUAUGCGUUUGCCGACGACAUGAUGAAGCGAACCUCAACCAAAAUACAGCAAUACAAAUGCAUCAUACCGCCGAAACAAAUGGCUCAUCGAAGCAUCUGCACUAUCAUCAUGGCGGCACAUUGUCGCGUGAACACACACAACUGCCACCGACGUCGGGAAACUGGCAUCACCCUGCGGGACCAUACGGGUACCACCGCAUUCUACGCAACUUAUCGAAGAUGGCCACCAAAGUCCGUCCCAUUUGGUGCUUAGCAAAUUCCGUCAAUUAGGUCAUGAUCUUUCACAUACAAAUCCGGCCGCCGCCGCUGCUGUCGCAACAGCGGGCCUCCAUCAAACGAACAUAUCUGUGGGUAAUCAAAAUACAGCGGCCGCAGCAGCAGCCGCCGCAGCUGUCAGUGCUGCACAGAAGGAUGAAUGGUUCGUUUAGGUGGACGUUGAGGAGGAGGAGAAUGAAGAUAGAGGAGCAAAACAUUAAGCAGUGAAUGAUCAAUUAGACUACAGGAGAACUGUUGUUUUUUCUUUUUAAAUAAUUUUUAAAUUAAAAAAAAAAGGAUUUUGCAUGGCAUUAAAUGAAGACUGUAUAAAAGUUAUCAACAUCAAAUUUAGUGGGCAUCUACGCGCAGGGUGAUCAUUUAAGAGAUUUAUAGUACCCAAAUCUCUUAGCGUUGAGCAUAGAAAAUUUCAGCAUGCACUUGUCAAAAGUAUGUAUGUAUGAAAUUUUAGUGUCGGAUAAUCAACGCAACUUGUAAAUAAAAUAUAAAUACAUAUAAACAAUUAAAUAAAUGUAAUUGUAAUUGAUUGAAAUUGAAGUAAUAUUGUUUUUUUAGUAACACAUUGAUGGAUUCAAAAUGUGUAACAGUGAAUAUAUUAGGAAAAAUGUGUAAUAAAAAUUUACUAAAAGAAAGGUAGUUAAUAGAGAAUUUUAAUUUUAAGCCUAAAAAUAUGAAAUGAAAACUGGAUGAAGUCAAAGCCGUAAAUUUAAAGCUAAGCAAUUAGUUUUAGCCUAAGAUAUACGCUCCUUUUUUACAAUAAAAAUAAAUUGAAAAGCGAAUAUAAUAAAAAUUAUAAAAAAUAAUUAGUUUAAGAAAUAGAACUUGAUUUCUUGCAAAUAAAACUUCUCAUUUACACACACAGGAAUAUGGAAAGUUUGGAUGGAAAGUCGAUCUUCGUUUUUUUAACAAUAUUUUAGUCUUUACAGUGGUUACUACAUAGCUUUCAAAAUAUCUCAACUAUUAAUAACUGCCUAAACACAGCAGAUAAAAAAAAUUUUGGAGCUUUUGUGCUUUUGUUUUUUAACGUUAGACUUCAGAAAUGGGAAAAUGGCUUUUGAAAAGUGCUUUAGAACUUUCAUUAGAAAAGCUUUUUUGAUUCAGUUUCUUAUUCAAUGGCCUGAAAACACUUUAAAAAAUUUCGUUUUACGCUUCGGUGCUUUUAUGAUUUUAUUUUUUAAAGUUAUCUUCAAUCAAAUGAUCUUUAAGUUUAUAGAAAUUUCGUGCGUGCUGUUAAGUUGAACUCUGGAAAAAAAGCUUUCGAAGACUCCAUUUUCUGCAUUUGUGACUUGUAUACUUAAGUUAGUGUACACCAAAAAAGCUUGUAGGUUCAUUGAGUUCAAAGAAGUUUCAAAAUGGGAAAGCUUAAGAACUGAUUGUUUAGUACAACAGUCUGAAAAAUUGCUUUGAGGAUGUCAUUUUAUGCUUUUC